AUGCCAAAUAUAGCGACCUUUUAUUCUUUGCAUACUGAGGUCUCCUCAUUAGAUAAAUAUACCGAGUCUUUAUCCAUACUUCGACCCAUUUUAAAACUAGUCUGUUGGACGAUUUGUGAUGUAUCAUCGGCGAUCUUGCCCAUAUUUUAUACCGCAAAAGCAAGAUCCGAAGGCGUGGAAGGGGCCAAUAUUUGCAAAGGACCGGAAAUUGGGGUGGAAAAAGGGUUCGUCAUGUUAAGUGCAGGUAAGAAGCGCCGAGAGACGUGCGAAGUACUUGGUUGGGAAAUGAAUCCUCGUGAUCCACCAUCAUUCGUCUACAAAUACGUACUUCCUCCUCCGAGAUGCCCAACAACUACGCCUGUCGAGGGCGUGUCGAGUUCAGAUGGGAUGGCGGCGAUGUUUAAUCCGCUUGAGCUUAUAUCACGACUGGAAAAAAUCAGCCGUCGACUACACCCACAACUAUUUUCUUUGGGGUCUGAAGAGGCAGCCUCGUCUGCACCGAUUGGCGCGCAUUUCGGCGACGAUCAUCAGGAGCAUUGCUCUGACGACUGUCCGAGAUUUAACCACGGAUAUCCUCAUCUUACAGAGGAAAAAAAUGGUCAAACUUUGUUCCCAACGUCUAUCUCGUCGCGUCAUUCGACCCCUCGUCUUUCGGAGCCCUUCUUGACCGAUGAUCUCAACUACUCUAGCGCACAUUCGUCUUCUUUACUAUCAUCUCCUCAAUCCGAAUUUCAAGUUUAUCAAACUAGAAACGUCGAUGUAGAGUUGGGCAAAGAGUUGGCGACGUUUGACCAGGAGAGCUGGCGCCUACAAUUUCAGGAACAACAACAAAAGCAAAAAACGAAUAGGAUGAGUCUAGAUUUUAUCUUAUCUGCGGAAUCAAGAUAUCCUUCUCUGUCGAACAUCGUGCCAAAUCUCUCGCCCGGAUAUAUGCUGCACAUGCAAGGCUCGCGUGGACCCAGGCCGCGGCUUCCGUCUUUGAAAGAGACUGUGGGCUGGAUGUUCACAGAGUCAUAUGAUAAUUAUUGA